AUGGGCGGCGGGGCGGGACGCGGGGAGAAGGGCGACGGCCCGGGAUCCCCGCGUCCCCCAACCCUGCGGAACCCGUCCCAUGUCAAGUACAAGGCGUACGCAUCGGGCGACGGGCCGGGCGCGACGUCCCGGACGCAGACGCUCACGCGGAAGACCGCGACGCAGCACCUCAAGGAUCUGCGCGACCCGCCCGAUAACCUGGAGCAACCCAGACAGCGGCCGGAGAUCGUCGAGUUCCUGAACAUGUGCGACUACACCCACCAGGUGGUCUCCAAGGUGGACGUCGAUGAGCCCCUUUUCCAGCCUUUCCCGCCGUCCAUCGAGUAUCACAAGUACGAACCCUUCCGCACGUACGAGGCCCUGCUGUGGUUCCGAAACAACGACUACGUCCCGAGGCGCAUCAAGAUCGAGGAUCCGAAGAACCGGCACUUCACCGUCCGGCGCAUGAGGGGCGCCAAGGGUGAGCGGCUCGUGGAGGAGAAGGGCGGCCCGGGCGGCAGGCCGGGCGACGGGGUCGGAAAGAUCGCGCCGGGCAUGGAGGUGGCGUUCAAGGUGGUGUUCGCGCCGAGCGACAAGGGGGACUACGCCGUGGACCUGGUGGUGGCGACGGAGCGCGAGAAGUUCAUCGUGCCGGUGCGAUGCGUGGGCAACAAACCCGCGCUGGACUUUCCCGAUUUCGUGCGUUUCGACCCGACGCCCGUGAAGCAGUGGGGGCACGUCGUCAAGACGGUGCGUAACGUCGGCGCGAAGACGGCGCGGUUCAGGCUGUUCGCCCCCGAGCCGUUCACGGUGUCGCCCGCGGAGGGCAUCCUGGACGUCGGCGAGUGCGCGCAGGUUCGGCUCGGGUUCAGGCCCGAGGCUUGCGGCAUCUACGAGGGCGAGCUGGAGGUUGAGCUCGGCGACGGGCUGGCGCCGAUCAGCGUCGGGCUGAAGGGCGAGGGGUGCGAGAUCCUCGCGGGAUUGGCGCAGGGCGAGGUGGAGAUGUUGCCCACGUUCAUCCACAAGUCGUCGCAGCGGACCUUCAGGGUGGUCAACCACAGCGACGUGCCCGUCAAGUUUGAGGUUAAAAAACUCGCGGAUUCGUUCCUAGAGGAGGAGGCGCGCACGCGGGUGGUGAGCCAGUUCGGCGAGACCCUGACGCGCUCGCUGGGAGGAUCGCACGAUGAUCUGCGCCGGGCGAUGAUCGCCGGGCGACGGACGCGGGGCGAGGGCGACGAAGGGUGCGAGCUCUCGUCCGAGGACGAGGACGAGAUUCUCGGCGCGAAAGCGGUGGAAUUUGCCACGCGAACGCGGGGCUUGGACCGCGCGCUGCUGGCGGAUAACCUCCACUUCGAGCACCCCGACUUCACGUGUACGCCGCUCCACGGCGAGGUCGUCCCGGGCGGCGAGUGCGAGGUUACGGUGCGAUUCCACCCAAAGUCCAGCGGCCGGCGGAUGGCGACGGCGUACGUCGACGUGGAGGGCCGCGAGGACAGGCUCCCGCUGGUAUUGAAGGGCCACGCCGUCGGACCCAUCGCGGUGUUCACGUACGACGCCCUGGAGGUUGGCGACGUGUUCAUCGGCGCGGUGCACCAGUACGAGGUUGAGCUCGUGAACCGGGGCGAGGUCGCCGCCGAGUUUAGGCUCGUCCCGCCGGAGCCCGGGUCGCGAGCGGCGGUGGACUUUUCGUUCGAGCCGUCCGCCGGGGUCAUACCCGUGGGGGAGAUCCAGACCGUGAUCGUGACGCUGUGCUCGGACACGUUGGGCGAGUUCGACGAGUCGUUCGAGUGGGAGAUCAUGGACGGGGAGAUACCGACGACGCUGGACUUUAAAGGAAAAGUUGUCGGCCCGGCGUUUACGGUUGACGCGCAGAGCCUCGAUUUCGGCGUCGUGGGCUACGGGUUCAGGUACACCAAGGACUUCACCGUUCAUAACGGGUGCGAGAUCCCGAUGAGGUUCUCGCUCAGGGUUCCUGGUGACGCCAAGGGUGAGUUCACGUGCCUGCCAUCGGCGGGGACGAUUCUGCCGUUUGGAAAACAAAAGGUUGAGCUCGAGCUCAUCAGCGAAACCGAGACCAGGUACACCACCACCUUGGACGUGGACGUACCGGGCGUGGGUAAGUCCCUGCACAGGAUCCCACUCGCGGCGCACAGCAAGGUCCCGACGUUGGAGCUGCCCGCGGGGACCCUGGACUUUGGUCCCUGCUUUAUCCGGCACAAGUACACGCGAACAAUCACGAUGAAAAACGGCUCGAGGAUUCCGGCUAAGUUUGUCGUCGAGCCUCAGGACGCCCAGAGCCGGGGUCUGUGCGCGUGGGACUGCGAACCCGCGUCUGGGUCGGUCGACGCGCAGGGGUCCCUCGAGCUGACGUUCACCGUGGUGGCUGAGCGCCUCGGUCUCAUCAACCUGCCCGCGACUAUCACCACAGUCGGGUCGUCCAAACCCCCAAUGCAGCUGCUCAUAUCCGCGCACUCGCGUGGACCCACGCUCGGGUUCUCGCAGAAACCGGACGAUCCUGACUCCGUCUGGGUCCCCGAGCUCAAGUGGGGCAAGGUGCCCGUGCUGAGAGACGAGUCCAAGGUGAUUUACGUCACGAACAAGUCGCUGAUUCCCGCGGAUAUUCGAGCCUUUGUGCAGGACCCCGACAGCGCAUUUUUCGUGGACGCCAGGGAGAAGACCCUUGAGCCCGGUGAGGAGUACGCUCUCACGGUGACGGUGCACAUGGACCAGCUCAUGGUGCACAGGGAUGAACUCAACGUGAUGGUCAUCGAGGGCGCGCCGUUCAUGAUUCCGCUCACAGCCGAGGGCAUCGGGAGCCUGACCACGUGUGCCGACCUCGACGGACCAAACGCUAUCAACUUUGGCCCGCAGCUCAAGGACAGACCGUUCCACCGCGAGAUUGUUGUCACGAACAACGCGCGCAAGCUGCAACAGCUGGUGUGGCACAACAUCACCGCCGAAGAGAAAAUCAAGGAGGCGAUCAAGAAGCGGGCAGCGGAGGAGGAUGCACAGGAGAGCUACCUGCAGCAGAUCGGCGUCAAGAAAAAGGAGAAGAAGCCUCUGCCCACCGACGGCGAGCUGGGCAUCACAUUCUCGGUGACGCCGCAGCAAAUCACCGUGGCGCCCAAAUCAUCGGUGGUGUUCACGCUCUCGGGUAUAUCCGAGUACGAGGGUGACGUGAUUGAGACUCUGGUGUGUAAAAACACCGCGGGUUCGCACAGGGAGGCAAAGGAGGUGAUGACAAUUCACGCGUCCGCGUCGGUUGCCAUCCCGCUGAUGAACUUCUCCAAAGACACCCUCGCAUUCGAGUUUUCGCACGACCCAGACUUUGAGAACGAGGUCCAGGAGCAACCGGUCACCAUGCGCAACGUCUCCGAGGUCACCUUGCGAUUCACGAUCCAGAUGAACCCACCGUUUGACGUCGAGCCCAAGCCUGAUUGGGAGCUCGAGCCGAACGAGGCGGCGACUAUCAGGGUCUCGUUCGACCCCGAUUACCGCGGCGACUGCCAGUCGCACGAGGUUCGCGACAAACUGCUGGUGUGCUACGACGAUAAUCCGCACGUCGAUUCCAUCGACCUCGGCGCGGAGCUUUCGUUCCCCAACCUCGACCUCAGCCACUCGUUCAUCGACUUUGGCAGCGUCCUCAACGACACCACAAAGCGUGAGUACGUCACGGUGAGAAACACAGGAUCGGUCCCCGCGAGGUUCGAGUGGGUGUUCGAGACGUACGACGACGCGGACGUCGACGAGGAUGAGCCGACGGUGGUCGAGAAGAUGAUGCACGAGGGACUCAACAAGGCGAAGCGGGUAAAAGCUCGCAGGUCCAAGCGUGAUUCCAACACGCCUCUCAAAAAUGCGGAUCCCGAGCAGGUCUUCGACGUCCUCCCCAUCCGCGGCUACCUCCAGCCGGGCGAGGAGGAACGCGUGGAGAUCUCGUACUUUGCCCAGGCGCACUCGAAAGUUCGCGCGGUGGCCGUGUGCGAAGUCGAGGGUGGACCCGCAUACGACGUCGAAUUGACGGCGGAUGCGCACCUCAUCAAGUACGAACUGAACACCACGUCCAUCGACUUUGGCCGGCAAACGUUCGACAAGACGAUCAACAAAGAGAUCGUGCUGACCAACACCGGCCGCGUUAAGAUUCCGUUCAGGGUCAACACCAAGUCGCUGUCGAGACAGGCGCUGCUGUCGGUGACGCCCAAGGAGGGCGAGGUUGGCGGCGACGACGCGUGCCACAUAAACUUUGCCAUCAGGCCCGGCAUCCCGGAGAAGAUCGACGAGUGCGUCACCCUGGAGGUUGCGCACUUCGAACCGAUCCGGAUACCCAUCACCGGCGAGGGCAUCUACGGCUGCGUGGCGAUGUCGCUGCCCAGGGCGAUGUCCGAUGAGUACGCGGUGUACGUCGAGGAGGCGAGGAUACUGUUGCUGACUCGCGGGUAUCCCAACCCGAACCUGCCGCCGAUGUGCCGCGACGGCGUGCCCGAGCCCGACCCGAUGCUCGAGACUUUCGUCCCCGAGGACACCAAGGGUGCCACCCUGGGUAAGGUCACCGGCACGAUCGUCGGAGGAACCCUGAAGAAGACCGGCGCGGGGACUCAGCUGGCGCUCAGCAAGCGGCAGCCCACGCCCACCGGUCGCAGCCGCUUCCUCAGCAAGGCUCCCUUCAACUCGUCCAGGCCGCGUGGGCUCGGAGAGAUCUGGAUGAAACCCAGGACGUACAAGGAGGACGACGAGGAGGAUCCCGACCUAGUUCCGAUGAUGGGUACCAUGGCCACCGUCGAGGACGAGGAGAUUGACGACGUGAGCCUGCUCGGCGCGGGCGCGAAGCGCCGCAAGAAGAAAAAGUACGUCCCCACGAGGGCUGAGAUUUGGCAUGAGGCGGACAGGCUCUGGAUGAUGGCCGAGCUGCUGGAGCGCGAACGGGAACGCGAGGAACGCAGGGCUCAGCGCCUCGCGCUCACGGGCUCGGAGCUCGAACCCGUGCCCCCGCCGGGCUCGCCCCCAGCCGCCGCCGACGGGGGACUCACCCCGUUUUACCGGCACGUCCCGCGGCAAAAGCCGCUCACGCCCGAGUUUUAUCCGGAGAAGCCGGCGUUUUCGCAGACUGGCGUGCUGUACCCGCCGUUGGGCACGAGGACGGGGCCGCCCAUCCCGGGUGGACGCGGCGCGCGUUUGGUCACCCCGCGGGCCACCAGCCGCGCCACGAUGUCCCGCGCCACGAGCAGGGGCGCGAGCCGCGGCGGAGCGGAGCCGGUAAAACCCGUCACCGUCGCUCGAUACGUGGUGGACUUUGGCGACGUCGUCAAGGGCGCCGCGCUGUCCAAGCGUUUCACGGUUCAGAACCUCGGCGACGGCGACAUGAUGUUCGCGUUCGAUAAGAAGGACCUGGAGAAACGGGGGUUCCGCGUGUACCCGGAGUACAUGCCCAAGCUCAGCGGUCAGCCGUACUGCCAAACGACGGAGGUCACGCUCACGCUGAACACCGCCAUGGAACACGUCGAGGAGGGCGCGAUGGAGUUUACCCUUCCGCUCAACGUCACGGGCGGCCCCCAAGCGCUCGUCACGAUCAAGGCGGUCGUGCAGGUGCCCGGGCUGAGCGCCAACGUGGAGACUUUGGACUUUGGCAACGUGCAGGUUGGCCACUGUAAGUGGGCGUACGUUCAGCUUCACAACGACAGGAGCGUGGCGUGCGACUGGUCGGUGAAGAAGCCUCCAGCGCGAAUCAAGCGAGACGGCGAACCCGAGAAGCCUCCGGACGUCUUCGCGUUCACGCCGAGCCGCGGCACGUUGAAGCCCGGCGAGCGCAAGAAUGUUAAGGUGCGGUACAUGCCCAACGGCGAGAUCCCGAAGGGUGGGUUCCGCAAGCAGACGUGCAUCGUGGUUGAGCACAACCCGGUCAUGACGGUGAUCACCACCGUGGGCCAAGCGCACGAGCUGUUGGUGAGAUGCGACCCGGGUCCGUCGCUCGACUGCGGAUCCGUGAUGCCCAAGGACGAGAAUGACGGGGAAGAGGAGCCCGAGCCCGACGCGCCCGCCGAGGAAUCCGUCGAGCCCGAGGUGGAUGAGGACGGAAACCCCGUGGAAAAGCCCAAGGUUUUCAGAAAGCCCAAAAAGUUCACCGAGCAGGCGGUGUGGCUCGUCAACGACUCCGAGGUUGACGUGUGCGUCUACCUGCAGAACUUCGACACGCAACACCUAGUGGACGAAGAGAUAAUCCGCCACGCCGCGGGGCUGAAAGAGUCGCCCAUGCUCCUCCUGCCGCCGAGGGUUGGAGCGCUCGCGGCGGAGGAGGAGUGGGCCAAGCUCGUCGAGGCGGAUACGGCGCGAAAGGCUGAAGAAGAAGCCGCCGCCGCCGCCGAGAACGCCGAGAACGUCGAGCCCGAACUCGACGAGGAUGGCAACCCCAUCCCGAAGCCCGAGGGCGAAGAAGGAGGUGAGGCGGCUGCCGAGCCCGAGCCCGAGCCCGAGGCGGCGGCGGAGGACGAAAACGCCGACGAGGCCGAACCCAAGGCUGCCGAGCUGGACCUCUACGUCCCCCCCGACGACUCCACGUGCAUCCUCGUCACGGGCCCGGCGUACUCGCUCGCGUCGGAGACGGCGCUGGAGCUUGCGGCCAAGUACCGGGUGCCCAAGCUGGACAUCAACGAGUGCGUCCGAGCCGCCGCCGAGGCGAUUGGCGACCUCGGGCUCCGGGUGCGAACGGAGCUCGGGCUGCCCCGGAUCCUUGAGGACGACUCCGACGACGAGGACGAGGAGGAUGCCGACGAGGCCGAGGCUAUCGACGCGCCCCUUGCCGAAGAGGGCGACGACAAACCCGAAGGAGAGACGGCCGCGCCUGAGGCUGAGGCGCCGGCGGAGGGCGAAGAGGGGGAAGCCGCGGCUGAGCCCGAGACUCCCGAGGAGCUCGUCCACGAGGAUGGCAAGCUGACCAUCAAGACCCUCGCGGACGUCCUCGAGCGCGUCAUCUUCGCGGACUACGUCGACGGCUUCGUCGUCGACGGCGUGCACUGCGAGUUCGCCGCGUCGCCCCUCGCGACGGUGAAGGCGCUGACCCGGGCUCUCGGGAUGGAAAAGUCCGAGCCCAGGCCGCCGGCCAAGCCCGACGACGCGGGCGACGACUGGGAGCCACCCGAGCCCGAGGAGGGCGCGUUCGUGCUUCACGGUCGCAAGAAACUCAUGAUCGUCUCCUUGGAGGUUGACGACGGCGUCGCGGCGAAGCGCGAGACGCUGGAGACGAGGGGCGACGAGCCCGAGCCCGAGCCGGAUGCGGCGGCGGCGGCGGAUGAUACCCCCGCGGAGCCCGAGGAGGCGGAGAAGCCACCCGACGGCGAGGACGGCGACGAGGCACCCCCCGAGGAGAAGUUCGAACUCAGCGAGGAAACCGCGGCGGCGAUCGCGAAGCACCGCGAGUUUGUGCAGACGCUCUUACCGCUCUUCGGUGCCUCGCACGUGACGUACCCCGACAACUGCGCGAGGGUGUACGAGGUGGUCACCGACGAGUGCGAAGAUUCGGGCGCCGUCGUCGACGUCGCGACGGGCGGGGGCGACGAGAACCCCAACCCCAUGCCCAUCCCGCCGAAGCCUUUGGACUACAUCCCACCCGCGGAGGUGUUCCAGGUCAUCACGCGGCCCAAGGAGAGGGAGGCGAAACCCCCGCCGACCAAGUUUAAGGUUCUCACUCCGUCGGUUCAGCCCAAGUACCCGCACGCGAGGAAGCCCCCGACGCCGGAGCCGGCUGAGGGCGAGGAGGGUGCCGAUGGUGCCGAGGGUGCCGAGGCUGAGCCACCGACCGAGGAGGAGCCCAAGGAGAACGAGAUGCUAUCGAACACCAGGUGGAACAUCCCGGCGGGCGACGCCGUGCAGGUCAUCGUCAGGUUUGAAUCCCCCGAGGUUGGCGACUUCACCGAGUACCUCGCGUUUGAAUGCGUCGGCGGCAAGAAGGUCGAGACGCUCGAGUGCAGGGGACGGUGUGAUUAUCCGACAAUCUCCGACGAUUUUCGCAACGUGUACGCCGCGAAAAAGACCAAGGCGUCGCAGCGUCCGCCGGAUCACCUCAUCUCGCACCAGUUCAUCAUCGCCAAGCCGGUGCCCGAGCUCAAGGCGCCGGGCAAGUUCGAGUUUGGGCCGCUGCUCAACAACUGGCCCGUGCCGGAACCACCGCCGCCGUGGGAGGAGGGCAUGCAAGACGCGAAGGGAGACCCGAUCCCCGACCCUGGUCCCGUGGACCCGCACGGUCACCACCGCAGGGCGAACAUCGAGCGCCUGCGAAUCACCAACAACGGUCUGCACGACGUCAAGGUCAAGUUCAGGCUCAAGAGGCCGGUGGACGACGACGGAAACGAACUCGAGGAACCCGGCGACUUGCCCAUACCCGGCGUCGACGUCUUCAAGUUCGAGCCCGAGGAGAUGACGCUGUUCGCGGAGGAAACCCGCGAGCUCAUCGUCACCGCCUACCCCAAGGGGGAACACGAGUGGCCGCCGGAGCCGGAGCCGGAGCCGGAGGAUGAGGCGGAGGCUGCUCCCGCCGAGGGUGAAGAGCCCCCGGCGGAUGGUGAGGCGCCGGCUGAGGGUGACCCCCCCGCGGAUGGAGAGGCUGCCGAAGGUGAGCCCGAACCCCAGGAUGGCGAUACCGCGAAGGCCACCGCGAAGAACGUGCAGGUGUCCGCGUUCCCCAAGGGCCCGUGCCCGUUCACGAUCCACGACUGCGUCAUCGUCGCCGAAGUCGAGGACAACCCGGGCAAGUUUGAGUUUCCCAUGUCCUGCGUCGGCGUCACCCCCACGGCUGUGAUGUCCGUGGACGUAGACGAGGAGACCGGCAUCUCCUUCGAUCGCGUCAUCGCGGGCGCCAAGGAGGAACGGAAGUUCCGGAUCAAAAACACCUCGCUGCUGCCGUUCAGGUGGAAGCUCGAGCUCCCAGCCGAGGAUUGCCCGACGCAGUUUAAAUUUUCAGAGUUGGAGGGUGAAUUGUGGCCCAGCCGCGAGCACGAGUUGUCGGUGACGUUCACAUCUGAGGAGGCCACCGAAGCGAUCGAAAUGAACACCAAGCUCGUCGUGUUCGACAUGCAGGGCCCCAAAGACAAGGACCUUCAGCCCACGCCCUUGUUCAGGGACGAGGAGGGCAACCCGAAGCCGAUUACUGAGCGGGAGUUGAAAAUCUCCGCCGAGGCUUUCGUCAUCGCGGUGGACAUCAAGUACCCCGGCGAUCCGCCCGACGGCGAGGAGAAGGUCUCCGCGCUGGACUUUGGCCUCAUACGCGCCAACGAGGAGGACGAUGCGCAGCUCAAGCAGUCAUUCACGCUGCACAACACCGGCAAAUAUCCGGUUACCUUUUCACUCUCAAACAAGGCAAAGGCGACCAAGGAUUUAUUCGCCGUCGAACCCGCGGAGGGCGAAAUCGAACCCGGCGCCGAGGUCCCGAUCGAGCUUCACUUCAACAAGGCCGUCGAGGUCGAGGAAGGGGUGCCCGGCAAGCGCAAGAUUAAACGCGAGGUGCACCUGACGAACAACGGCGACCUGCACCUGUCCGUUGUUGACUCCACCGGGGUUAGACACGAUAAGAUCCCGGUCAAGGUUUCCAUCAGGACGUCCUACGCCAAGUACGCGCUCACGCCGUCGCGCGGCGUGAAUUUCGGGCCCACGAUGUACAACACGGAGUCCGAGCCCAGGAUCUUUGAGAUUUCCAACGUGGGAGACUUCCCCUUUGACUAUAACCUCUUCGACUACGGCUCGCGUGGAUCGGCCGACGCGGAGCUCGAGAAGGACGAGGACGGGAACCCUCUGCCGCCUCCCAAGACUGAGGGCGGCGAGUUGGAGCUCGGCGCGUUCGUCCUCAAACCGCCCGCGGGCACGAUCGAACCGGGCGAGAAGGCCACGAUCGAGGUUGUGUUCAAGGCUGAGGAUGACAGGACGUUCAGCGAGCUGUGCGGCGUGGACAUCAGCGGCCGAGAUCCGUCGGAUAAGCCCCUGGGUGUCGUCUACCCCAUCGCUGGGGAGAGCGUCAUACCGGGCAUCGCCGCGGAGGAUUUCCGCGGCAUCUUCGAGGAGCACAAGCUCGUGGUUAGCCUGGAUCCCUCCAUGCUGGAGACGAACGCGUUCGACACCACGAGCAAGGUGUUCUCGUUUGGGCCCGUUCUGGCCAACCUGUCCGGCGAUGAAGAGGCCGAGGCCGAGGCUGAGCCCGUGCUCGACGAAAACGGCGAGCCGCUGCCCAAACUCCCGACCGGCGGCGUCAAGGCCAACUUCCGAAUCUCCAACCCAAAGAAAGUUCCGUGCUCUGUCGACCUCACCCUCGCGCCCAAGGAGGAGGACGGGGGGGGCGACGGCGGCAAGUUCCCCAUCGAGGUGCACCCCGCGUCGCUCGACAUCCCGCCGCACGAGCACAGGUACGUCACGGUGUACUUCGACCCACGCGCGAUUUCGUCGUAUUCCGCAACCUUGGACGCCGUCGUGCGCGAUGGUGCGGAUCCCAAGACGAAGCAGUUCACCUGCGAAGUUCGAGGCGACGGCACGCUGCCGCACGUCACGGUCGAGGAACCGGCGGAUAUCGCCGAGGAGGACGGUCUCCCCCUCGUCAAGUUCCCAAAGAUGCUCCUGGGGCGCAAGAUGACCAGACCCAUCGUCCUUCGCAACAACGGCAUCCUCCCCGCGGUGCUCCGCGCGGAGAUGAUGACCCAUAAGCACUUCUCCAUCGAGGGCGGCGGCGUCACGACGACGCUCGAGCCCGGAUGCUCGCGAACCCUGCGCGUCACCUUCGACGCGGGUAAAACCAAGGGGGAGCACGCGCACAGCGUCCGACUCGCGGUGAAGCAAAACGCGUACGAGACGCAGACGGUCAAGUUCGUCGGAGUUGGCUACAUGGACGACGUGAUGUUCGCGGAUCUUCCCCGGGACCUCGACGACGAGCUCAGGUUCGACGAUGGACCUGUCGGCGAGCCCAAAUCCGUGACGUUCAAACUCGUGAACACGUCCAGCUUCCACUACAGGUUCGAGUGGCCGGAGCCGCUCGCGGAGGGCGAACCCGCGCAGACGGACUUUUCCUUCGCCCCGCGAGUCGGUCACGUCCACGCGGGUAAAACCAAGGCCGUCACGUGCACGUUCACACGUUCAACCGCCGUCGCGCACGACGCCGUCGAACUCGCGGCGACUCUCGCGCGAAUCGAGUACCGCGAACCGAAGCCCACGCCCGCGGAAGGUGCCGAUCCGCUGCCGGAGGACUACGUGCCUCCCCUGAGGGCGCCGGAGGAUUGGGACUCGGACGUUCGCGUCGCCAAGGAGGUUGAGGUUGGCGGUCCGGAGGAUCCGGACGUUGAGCGAGACGAGGAGGGUAACCCCGUGAACCCGCCCCCCGAGCCUCCCGAGCUCGCGGAGGGCGAGGCACCCCCGCCGCGAGAGAUGAAGACGGUGAUGGUCCCCGCGCCGGAGGUGUCGCACGAGCUCGUCCCGGCGCCGGAGCCCGUCGAGGGUUCAGAGGAGGGUUCGGUCGAGGAGGUUCAAUCGACGGCUACGCUCAAAGUUUUCGCAGUCGCCGACGACGCGAGGUUCUCGUGCGAGACGUCGAACGUCGCGUUCAAGGCGACGAUGAUGCUGCAGCGCCGCGUGCACGUCUUCCCGCUUAAGAACGAGGGCACCGCGCGGUUGGACUUCAAGUUUACUAUCGAACCCGACGCCGGUCCUUACGUCGUGGAGCCGGCGGCGGGAACCGUCCCGGCUGGCGAGGAGUCGCAGAUCAAGGUUAUUUUUGCGCCGCAAGAGGUGGUGGACUGCAAGCGCACGCUGAGGUGCGAAUUCCUCGGGACCAAGCUCGACGAGGGCAUGGAACCGCUCGCGAUUCCCCUCAACGGCAAGGUUCUCCGACCGUGGUGCCACUUUGAGCUCGGCGAGUCCGACUACCUCUCCGGCGGUAGACGCAUGCCCAACCUCCCCGGCCCGAGCACCGGCGCCAUCGCCGCCGGGACCAAGACGGUCGAGUGCACCAGCCUCGGCACGCACGUCCGCAACACCAAGCGGUUCCUCGUGCUCAAUCCCACGUCCGUGGCGUACGCGUUCAGGUGGGCGCCGGUGCCCGCGGCUGGUGCGGCGCCGCCGGUGCCCGCGUUUCGGUGCCUCACCCCCGAGGGCGUCAUCGCGCCGGGCAAACGUUACGACAUGGUCUUCGAGUUUGUCCCCGAGGUGGAGGGCACCAGCGAGGCGUUCUUCGACUUUAAAAUCGACGAGCAGAGCAUAUCGGUGCCCUUCCUGUUCGCGGGCACGGUGGUGGAGCCCGCGGUGCAGUUUGAAGUUUCCUCGGUCAAUUUCGGCAAGAUUCUCACGGGGACCAAAAACCGCGAGAUCGUGGCGCUCUCCAACCACGAGAAUACGCCUUUCGCGUUCAACUUUGACCAGAGCAGCUGGGUGCUACCCGACGGGAGCAACCCCCGCGCGCUCACGUUCGAACCCAUGUCCGGAACGGUCCCCGCGAACGGCAUCUUACCGAUCCACGUCACCUUUGCACCCGACACCGAGAAGGCUGUCAACUACAACGUCGUCGCCAACGUCAAGCGCAAACCCACGCGGCUUACGCUCAACGUCAAGGGCGAAGGCUACGGCAUCCACGAGGUCAUGGAGAUGGAGCCGGUGUCAACCACCGACGGCAACAAGGCCCAAACUUUGGUCGCCGCGCCGGGUAAGAACGUCUGCGACCUCGGACAGGUUCUCAUACGCGAGCAGGUGAUUCGCAAAAUUUCGUUUCGCAACGAGGGCGAGAUCAAGUUCGAUUUCGCGUGGGACACCGGAACCAACCCGCGUGUCAAGGUAUCGCCCGAGUUUGGCACGCUCGCGAAGGGCGAGAAGGCGAACAUCACCCUGACGUACUCGCCCAUCAACCCGGAGCAGCUGCGGGGCUACCAGGUGACGUGCGGCAUCGUCAACGGGCGAAAGUACGUCUUCUCGCUCGACGCCGACGGCCACAAACCCAGCCUCAAGUUUUCUCAACACUCGCACGAUUUCGGCGCUUGUCUGGUUCACCAACCCGGGCUGCCGCCCAGGCGCCACACGCUCACGGUCACGAACAUGGACACCAAGGAGUACUCCAUCGACUGCAUCUUCGAUUCAACGGAGUUUCCGUUUUUGCACGUGGGAGACUCUCCCGCUUCGCUGGCUCCCGGCCAGUCUGCGGAUGUGGACGUCGAGUUUUUCCCCGAUCAGCCGAAGCAUUACAAGGCGCUGGUGCCCUUCUCCGUGAACGGGCUCUACACCGUCAACGUCGUGUACACCGGCGAGGGCGUUCCCAUGCGUCUGGAGCUGGUCAAGCCGGAGCAAAACUCGGUUCACUUUGGGCACGUGCGCGAGGGGCACUCCGAGACGCGCGAGAUUCGCAUGGUGAACAAAUCGCGGCUGCCGGUGACUUGCGUCGUCGACAAGCAGUGCCUCGAGGACCUCGCCGCGCUGGGUGUCACGCCCGCGGACGGAUGGAACGGUCAGACGCCGGUCAUGUUCCCGCCGAGGCAGGCGAAUGGCAUCUCGUUCAAGUACAAACCCUCGCGACGCGGUCCGUCGUUCGACGAGGAGCUCAAACUGCUGAUCAACGGCGCCACGAUGCCGAUUUCCCUCACGCGGCUGCGCGGCGGGAGCAUCGGCACCGAGGUGCGGCUGGCGACCGACACCAUGUCAUUCGGGACUGUGACGCUCGGCAGCCGCGUGAGCAAGAAGCUCGCCAUGCAAAACACCGGAGACGUCGGCGUCAAAUUCGCCUUUGACGCCAAGGCGGCCGAGCCCAACUUCUCGAUCAAACCGGCCGAGGGGUUCGUCCCGGCCAAUCAGGACGUGCAACUGGAGGUUUGGUUCCACCCCACGGAGGAGGGUGCGGACGUUCGCGCCGAUAAGAUUAAGUGCCAGAUUGGCAGCAAGGGCGCGGGGUCCGCCGAGCCGUUGGACCUGACGCUGACCGGAGCGUGCGUCCCUCAGGAGGCGCAGGAGGGCAAGGUCGAGUUCAAGACCACCGUGCGACAGACCGCGGAGGGGGCGGUGUCCGUGACCAACGGGUCAAACCGCACUUGGAACCUGAGACCCGCCGUGACUGGAGACGAAUGGAGCGGACCGGAGUUUUUCGAGGUCAAGCCCGGCGCCACGGCGGAGUACACGCUGACGUACAGGCCGCUGUCCAUGGCCACAGAGGAGGAGCCUCACGUCGGUUCCGUGCUAUUCGCGCUGCCGGACGGCUCUUGCCUCCUCCACGCGCUGCAGGGCGUCGCGGAGGAGCCCGAUUCGAUGGGCUCGGUGGAGGCUGAAAUUCCCGCCCGAAAGCCCGGCAGCGUCCGCGUCAAGGUCAACAACUGGCUCAACAGGCGACAGCGCUUCAAGGUGACGGUGGAGAUUGAAGGGGCGGACCCGGAGAAGCCGGAUCCCACCGUCACGCUCAAGGGCCCGGACUACUUCGACUGCCCGGCUUCCGCGGAGAGGGAGUACAAGCUCGGGUUCUUCGCGCACAAGGAGGGUACCACCAAGGCGAAGGUGACGUUCACCAACGAGGACACCAAGGAGUUCGCCCACUACGACGUCACCGUCACGGCGACUACCGCGGACGUCCAAGGCACGCUCCGGCUGCACGGCGCCUGCCGACAGAAGGCGACGGCGACGGUCAAGGUGGUGAACCCGCUGCCGGAGCCCGUGGUGUUUACUUCAAAGUGCGACCACCCGUGCGUGACGGUGCCGGAGACGUUGACGGUGCCGGCGAACGGCAGCGCGCUGUGCGAGGUGGCCUACAGGCCCGUGGUGUGCGAGCCGGAGACGACGCUCCCGUUCGUGCUGUCCAGCGCGGAGCUCGGCGACGUCGCGCACACGGUUUCGCUGUCGUCGGCGCCCGCGCCUCCCGAGCGGGGCGUAUCCUUCGUCGUCCCCCUCGGGCAACGGGAGGUGAAGUCGUUCAAGUUUACGCACUACGCGGAGCCGGAGUCGCAGACGGAGUACGCGUGUGAGUUCCAGCGGGCGGCGGCGGGGGGUUCCAGCGAGGCGCCGUUCGCGUGCGCCGCGACGCACGUCGCGCACGGCGCCGGCGACGACGGCAUGGAACAGUCGCUCGAGAUUUCGUUUGAACCCUCGGCGGUGGGCUCGCACUACCGCGACGUGCUCGUGGUCAAGUCCGACGCCGGGCACGAGUAUGUGUGCCCGGUCACCGCCAAGUGCGUCCCGCCCAAGCCGCAGGGUCCUUUCAAGCUCAGCGGCGCGGGAGGCUCGGUUAACUUCAAGAACGUGUUCGACGUCGAGACGGAGUUUACGAUGACCACGGAUAAUCCUUGGUUCACGGUGGACAGGGUCGCCACCGUGGGAGCCAAGGCUGAGACUCAGGUGGCUGUCAAGUACGGCGCACCGGAGGGAUGGGAGGAAGGAAAAGACGCGCCCACGACGGGUAAGCUGCUGGUGACGUGCAAGGGGUCGCCGGCGCCGUGGGUGUACUAUCUCAAGGCGACCCCUUGAGCGACGAAGACGCGGAAGAUUUCAACGCUGUAAAACAUAGACGCCGGCGAAGCGCCGGGGGACGCCCCGCCGCCGCCGACGGUAGAGAGUUCAACAUCACCGAUGAAAAAAUGUUUCG